AUGAAGAAAACGGUCUCUUGUCUUUGCAAUUCGAAACAUAUUCAAGUUACCAACCAACGUCGAGCAAUCAUCAGAUUGAUGAGUGACAGCUUCACAAAUGCGAAAAUUCCGUACGCCAACGUUCACAAGUUGAUAUCUACGUGGCUUUCGGAAGGUUUUACCAAAGAAGGGAUAUUGUGCCAUCAAUGUCACACCUCGGUGCCAAAAGUCUCCCGUGAAAACGUGAAGGAAGCCAAGAAGGGAGUCAAGAAGGGGGUCAAGAAGAAAGAAGUUAAGAAGAAGGAAGUCAACAAGGAGGAAAAUAUUGAACUCGAUGAUUUUGAAGACCCAGCCGCGGCCGCCGUGAAAGUGGACAUUGAUAAUGACGUCGCCACACUUGCACCUGCGAGAAAAUCUAAACCAGCAACGCCCAAAAAGCGUCAGGCCAAGUCACAGGCUUCCAAGGCCCCCGUUUCCAAGGACACAAAAGUUAAGAAAGCAGAAGCACCUAAGAAAGCCAAUUGGAAAGGCUGGGUGGUUCUUGAAGAUGGGGAUGACGAGCACGUCAAAGAAGAUGAUGUGGUGGUAUCAGAGGGCGAGGAAAAACCCAGAACAAGGCGCCAGCGACGUGCAUGA